AACGAUUCCUGCACAGUGUGCUUUUGUGGCUGAUUCCUUAAACUCGUUCACGUUGCUGUUGGUCGCGUAUGAGGAAAAUACUAAAAUACAAUACAGAAAAGAAAAGAAAAUCCAACAAAUUUAUACCACAAAACGGAAAGUGUAGUGUCCAGUGAUAAUUGUGGGUCUACAACUAACCCUCAACCGCAGACUUUCAUAAAUGCCAAAUUUUACAAACCGUCGCUUUAAACUCGUCCAAAUACGUUAACCAAUAAAACUUACAAAAAUUAAUUAAGCACCACCGUCAAAAUUCUGCAAUUUAAUGGCGAAACAUUUUCUUUUGCCAAACAACUCUAAAAGCUGUCCUCAGUAUAAAUGUGUCUGAGAGUCUCUGAAAGUGUGAGAGAGUGCUUAGCUGUGUAUUAGUGCGUGCUUGUAUCUGUGUCUGAGACCAAACACACCUGUUGAUACCCUCGUUGUGGCUCUCUUGCUGACCGCAUUCCGGCACUUGGCCAACACGUUUCUAGACCACAAUAGUUCUUCGAAGUGCAUUUUGAAUGAAAGCCAAAUCCAUAUUGAGCGCUUGAAGGAAACUUCAAAUAUGAAUACAGGAGAUUAUAAGGAGCAUGCCUCACUGACACAGCAACAGCAACAGCAGACGCAGACGCAGCCGCAACAGCAACAGCAACAGCAACCAAUUAACAAAUACGAUGCCUUGGAUAGUUCUAGUUCAAAUAAUAAGCUAAAUCAUAAAUACAAUAACGAUAACGAUAAGGAUAGGGAUAAAUCUAAGGACAAGGGUAGGGAAGCAAGCAAAGAUUCAACGCCAGUCAGUGUUGUCGUCAUCGAUGAAUCAUGCCCUACCAAGAACCAACAGCCUGCGACUACAAUCGAGCCCACCACAAGCUCGAGAACUACGUCUACAUCAUCCUCCCAACGACGACGACAGUUGCAGUUCCAGAGACAAAAGGAGGCAAAGCUUUAUGACCAACGAGAUGAGGCCACAUCGUCGACGACAACGGCAACGGCCACAACGGCUACAAACGUGAUGGGUGGCGGAGAGCUAGUUAACUGCAUAGCCUACGAUGAUAACACCUUGGUUAUUGAGAGGAAGCCGUCACCAACGUCUCCGGCCACCUCAAGGCGAUAUCUGAAGGCCGAGACGCCGACGCGAGGCAGUCGGAAAUAUAAUCGCAAGUCGGCAGCAGCCAAAAGUGACUUGGAGGUGGUUAUUGUGAAGCCCGAUCAUCAUCAUCAGCAUCGCUCGCCGACGAUAACGCUGCCUGUGCCCAUCAAGACAACAUCAGCAGGAGCGUCUCCAGCCGGAACGUCGCCAUCGGGAGCAGGCACACCUUCGGUCCUGCAACAAAGGUAUAUGCAACUCCAGCGGGAGCACGAAAAGAAAUUCAUUUACAAUGCAUUGCAAGAGUUUGAUUAUUUGGAACCAUCUAGGCGUUCUAGGGCAUAUUGCAGUCCGCUUGAGGUCCCUGACGACUCCAGCCAGCCAAGCAGCACCAAUAAGAGACCAAGCAACACCGAACUCGCGCUCAGCACAGUCACCAGCCAAAUAGUCAACAAUAGCACCUACAAACUCGACUUUAAGCAGCGCCGCCACAAAAACGGCAACGGGAACGGGAACGGGAACGGGGAGGCAGCCGGCGGAUCGGGACCAAAUCAGGGGGGCAGUGCCUCGGCGAACGGCAGCAAGCGACGGAAGUCAAGUUGUGCAUCCUGCGCAGGGGCUGGAGGAGGCGCCAGUGCCCCAGGAGGAAGCAGUCAGCGGCUGACGCCGGAGGAGGCUCUUGUUGCGGCAGCUCAAUCGGCGGCAGCGUCGGCAUCUGCGUGGCAGCAACAGCCGCAGAAUAGUGUAACAAGUGCGGGCAGCACAAACAGCAGCUUUAGCAGCGGUGGCCGGGACGAGGACAGCAGCUACAGCGCCGUUGGAGGGGACAGCAGUAGCAGCAAUAGCUGCAACUGCGACAUCACCGGAGAUAACAGCACGUUGCACGGCUUUGGGGUCGGGGACGUUAGCAGUUUCAUUGGGGACGACGACUGCCAGGUGGACGACGACGACGACGAUCCCAACAAUCCGGAUCUCAGCUCGCAGACUCUUCGAACAGCGGCGAUUGUCGCGGCUGUUGCCGCAGCCAAGGAGGACCAGGACCAGUCCUUGGGCGGAGCCGGAGGAAACACCAACACUGACUGUGAGAGCUUUAGCGAGCGCCGCCAGGAUGCAGAUGACGGUGUGCGGAUCGUGCGGGCUAGUGGCAACAAUGAUUCACUCGAGGAUGUCGGCGAAGUGGAUGACAAUGCCGACGUGGUUGUAAGGAAAAAUACGCGCAACCGGCCCUCCAUCAGGAGGACAUGUAGGAUCACCGAGGAGGACGACGACGCUGAAGAAGGACAGUUCUACGAGGACGAAGAGGAGGACGAAGACGAGCCAGAGGGCACAACCAUUGAUAUUGACGAGCAGGAGCAGCUGGCACAGCGGCAGCACCACCAUAACGACGACGACGACGAAGAGCGGGACGGCGAAAUUGAAGGUGACGAGGACGACGACGACGUCGACGAGUACUACGAGGAGGAGGAGGACGACACCCAGGCCUUCUCCCCAUUCUAUUCCAGCUCAGCAGAGCUGAUUGACAAUUUCGGAGGCGGUGCCGGCAAAUUCUUCAACAUCAUGGACUUUGAGCGUGGCGCUUCCGGUGGCGGCUACACGCCGAACGGUAAUGGCGGAGCCGCCGGCGGCGGCGAUGCCUCUGUCUCGGCGAGGUACGAUGGCGCCGACACGGAUCUCGGAGGCGGCAACACCAUUAUGGGCAUUGACGCCAUGGGCAUUGCAAACAUUCCGGAAACCAUGAACGGCACAACAAUCGGACCCAGCGGCGCUGGUGGCCAAAAAGCUAAUGCCGCUGCCGCCGGCCAGAAGAGGCCACAGCGCCGUGGCAAGCCGCAGCCAGAUCGGCCGCAGAGAGCGCUCUUCUGCCUCAGCCUGAAGAAUCCACUGCGAGCCAUGUGCAUACGCAUUGUAGAGUGGAAACCAUUUGAGUUCCUUAUUUUGUUAACAAUUUUUGCCAACUGUGUUGCCUUGGCCGUUUACACGCCUUAUCCGGGCAGCGAUUCGAAUGUGACGAAUCAAACCUUGGAAAAAGUUGAAUAUGUAUUCCUAGUUAUAUUCACAGCGGAAUGUGUUAUGAAAAUUGUAGCAUAUGGUUUUAUGUUACAUAAUGGUGCAUAUCUAAGAAAUGGAUGGAAUUUAUUAGAUUUUACAAUUGUAGUUAUAGGAGCGAUAAGUACGGCACUCUCCCAUUUGAUGAAGGAUGCCUUCGACGUGAAGGCAUUGCGUGCCUUUCGUGUGCUGCGUCCGUUGCGACUCGUAUCGGGUGUACCAAGUCUGCAGGUUGUGCUAAAUUCAAUUUUGAAGGCCAUGGUGCCCCUGUUUCACAUUGCACUCCUGGUCAUAUUCGUGAUAAUAAUCUACGCGAUCAUUGGCCUCGAGUUGUUCUCCGGUAAAUUGCACAAGGCGUGUCGCGAUGAAAUCACAGGUGAAUACGAGGAGGAAAUACGGCCCUGCGGAGUGGGCUAUACGUGUCCGGAGGGCAUGAAGUGCUACGGUGGCUGGGACGGACCCAAUCAGGGAAUUACCAAUUUUGACAACUUUGGUCUGGCCAUGUUGACGGUGUUCCAGUGCGUCACCCUCGAGGGUUGGACUGAUGUUCUCUACAGCAUCCAAGACUCCAUGGGCAGCGACUGGCAGUGGAUGUACUUCAUUUCCAUGGUCAUUCUGGGUGCGUUCUUUGUGAUGAACCUGAUUCUUGGUGUGUUGUCUGGCGAGUUCUCCAAGGAGCGUAACAAGGCCAAGAACCGCGGUGACUUCCAAAAGCUACGCGAGAAGCAGCAGAUCGAGGAGGAUCUUCGUGGCUACCUCGACUGGAUCACCCAGGCCGAGGAUAUCGAGCCCGAUGCUGUGGGCGGUCUUAUAGCUGAUGGCAAGGUGAAGCAGGCGAACGAAAUGGAUUCCACUGAGAAUCUGGGAGAGGAAAUGCCCGAAGUCCAGAUGACUGAGUCCCGAUGGCGCAAAAUGAAAAAGGACUUCGACCGUGUCAACAGACGAAUGCGUCGGGCCUGUCGCAAAGCCGUCAAAUCUCAAGCCUUCUAUUGGCUAAUCAUUGUCCUGGUGUUCCUCAACACUGGCGUCCUGGCCACGGAGCAUUAUCAGCAAAUGGAUUGGUUGGACAACUUUCAAGAGUACACAAACGUUGUCUUCAUUGGCCUCUUCACCUGCGAAAUGCUACUGAAAAUGUACAGUCUGGGAUUUCAGGGCUACUUCGUUUCGCUGUUCAAUCGCUUCGACUGCUUUGUGGUGAUUGGCAGCAUUUCGGAGACCCUGCUUACAAACACGGGAAUGAUGCCACCUUUGGGCGUGUCCGUGCUUCGUUGUGUCCGUCUCCUGCGUGUCUUUAAAGUAACCAAAUACUGGCGGUCUCUAUCAAAUCUCGUUGCUUCCUUAUUGAACUCGAUACAAUCAAUUGCUUCGCUCCUGUUACUGCUCUUCCUGUUUAUUGUGAUAUUUGCAUUGCUUGGCAUGCAAGUUUUUGGCGGUAAAUUUAAUUUUGAUGGAAAAGAGGAGAAGUAUCGAAUGAAUUUCGACUGCUUUUGGCAGAGUCUGCUCACAGUCUUUCAGAUCAUGACUGGUGAGGAUUGGAAUGCCGUGAUGUAUGUAGGCAUUAAUGCCUACGGCGGUGUCUCCUCCUAUGGUGCCUUGGCCUGCGUUUACUUUAUCAUCUUGUUUAUAUGCGGUAACUAUAUUUUGCUGAACGUGUUCUUGGCCAUUGCUGUAGAUAAUUUGGCCGAUGCCGACUCGUUAUCCGAGGUGGAAAAGGAGGAGGAGCCUCAUGAGGAUCCAGCUCUGAAGAAAUCCCACAGUCCCACUCCGACCAUUGAUGGCGAGGAUGAUGAGCAUCUAAGCAUUGAUAUAGAUAUGGAACAUAACGAAAUGGAUGAAGAUAAAAUGGACCACGAAACACUCUCAGAUGAUGAAGUACGUGAAAUGUGCGAGGAGGAGGAGGAAGAAGUGGAUGAAGAAGGCAUGAUUACAGCACGCCCACGUCGUAUGUCUGAGGUUAAUACGGCCAACAAAAUCCUGCCCAUACCACCGGGCACAUCAUUCUUUCUUUUCUCUCAAACGAACAGAUUUCGUGUCUUCUGCCAUUGGCUCUGUAACCACAGCAAUUUCGGCAACAUUAUCCUAUGUUGCAUCAUGUUCUCCUCAGCUAUGUUGGCCGCAGAGAACCCCCUAAGGGCGAACGACGACCUGAACAAAGUACUCAAUAAAUUUGAUUAUUUUUUCACGGCAGUUUUCACAAUAGAACUGAUUCUGAAAUUGAUUUCAUACGGCUUCGUGUUACACGACGGAGCCUUUUGCAGAUCCGCAUUUAAUCUUUUAGAUUUACUUGUGGUCUGUGUCUCAUUGAUAUCCCUAGUGUCCAGUUCGAAUGCGAUCUCAGUCGUGAAAAUUCUCCGUGUGCUCCGUGUUCUAAGGCCACUCAGAGCCAUUAAUCGUGCCAAAGGUCUCAAGCAUGUUGUUCAGUGUGUCAUAGUCGCAGUUAAGACUAUCGGAAAUAUUGUGCUCGUCACAUGCCUACUGCAAUUCAUGUUUGCCGUGAUAGGAGUCCAGUUGUUUAAGUAUGUGGUCAAGUGCGUGGUAGUCGCAAUCAAAACCAUUGGUAAUAUCAUGUUGGUUACAUAUUUGUUGCAAUUCAUGUUUGCGGUUAUUGGAGUACAACUCUUUAAGGGCAAAUUUUUCAAAUGUUCUGAUGGCUCCAAAAUGACGCAAGAGGAAUGCUUUGGCACUUAUCUGGUCUAUGACGAUGGGGAUGUCCACAAGCCGCGUCUCAAGGAACGUGAAUGGACCAACAAUCGAUUUCAUUUCGACGAUGUGGCCAAGGGAAUGUUGACUCUCUUCACUGUAUCCACAUUCGAGGGUUGGCCUGGCCUACUAUAUGUCUCGAUUGAUUCGAAUCAGGAAGACGGCGGUCCAAUACACAAUUUCCGUCCCAUUGUAGCUGCCUACUAUAUAAUCUAUAUUAUCAUAAUUGCCUUCUUUAUGGUGAACAUAUUCGUCGGUUUCGUUAUUGUCACUUUCCAAAAUGAGGGUGAACAGGAAUACAAGAACUGUGAUCUGGACAAGAACCAGCGUAAUUGUAUAGAAUUCGCACUGAAGGCAAAACCCGUGCGUCGCUAUAUACCAAAGCACGGGAUACAGUAUAAGGUCUGGUGGUUCGUGACAUCUUCGUCGUUUGAAUACACCAUAUUUAUACUGAUCAUGAUAAAUACCGUCACACUGGCCAUGAAAUUCUAUAAUCAACCACUAUGGUAUACGGAACUUUUGGACGCCUUAAACAUGAUCUUUACUGCAGUUUUUGCACUGGAAUUCGUCUUCAAAUUGGCCGCUUUUCGAUUUAAAAAUUACUUCGGCGAUGCGUGGAACGUUUUUGAUUUCAUUAUCGUUUUGGGCAGUUUCAUCGAUAUCGUUUACUCCGAAAUCAAGAGCAAAGACACUUCUCAAGCGGCUUGUGAUAUUGUCGAGGGUUGUAAGUCCAAGGCUAAGGCAGCGGGUUCCAAUUUGAUUUCCAUCAACUUCUUCCGCCUGUUUCGUGUGAUGCGCCUGGUUAAGCUUCUCAGCAAAGGCGAAGGUAUUCGAACGUUGCUCUGGACCUUCAUUAAAUCAUUUCAAGCACUGCCCUACGUAGCCCUGCUUAUUGUACUGCUCUUCUUUAUCUAUGCGGUUGUGGGAAUGCAGGUUUUUGGUAAAAUUGCUUUGGAUGGUGGGAAUUCCAUUUCGCACAACAACAACUUCCAGACGUUUCAACAGGCGGUUCUCGUGCUGUUCCGUUCGGCCACUGGCGAGGCCUGGCAGGAUAUUAUGAUGUCCUGUUCGGCGCAGCCGGACGUUAAGUGUGACAUGAACUCAGAUACGCCUGGAGAACAAUGCGGCUCAUCCAUAGCCUAUCCCUACUUCAUAUCCUUCUAUGUGCUCUGCUCAUUCCUGAUCAUCAAUCUGUUCGUGGCCGUCAUUAUGGAUAACUUUGAUUAUCUCACACGAGAUUGGUCCAUUCUGGGCCCCCAUCACUUGGACGAGUUCAUUCGCCUAUGGAGCGAGUACGAUCCGGAUGCCAAGGGUCGGAUCAAGCAUCUUGAUGUUGUCACAUUGCUGCGAAAGAUCUCCCCGCCGCUGGGCUUUGGCAAGCUCUGUCCACACCGCAUGGCCUGCAAGCGUCUGGUGUCCAUGAACAUGCCCCUCAAUUCUGACGGCACAGUUCUCUUCAACGCCACCCUCUUCGCGGUCGUUCGCACCUCGUUAAGCAUCAAGACUGAGGGCAACAUCGAUGACUGCAAUUCGGAGCUGCGAGCCACCAUCAAACAGAUCUGGAAGCGGACAAAUCCAAAGCUAUUGGAUCAGGUGGUUCCUCCGCCGGGCAACGAUGAUGAGGUGACGGUGGGCAAGUUCUAUGCCACGUAUCUGAUACAGGACUACUUCCGGCGCUUCAAGAAGCGCAAAGAACAGGAGGGCAAGGAGGGCCAUCCAGACAACAAUACGGUCACUCUGCAGGCUGGUCUGCGUACCCUGCACGAAGUGUCGCCUGCCCUCAAGCGUGCCAUCUCCGGCAACCUGGAUGAGCUGGCCGAAGAGCCUGAGCCAAUGCAUCGCCGCCACCACACGCUUUUCGGCAGCGUGUGGUCCUCUAUUCGCCGACAUGGCAAUGGAACCUUCCGCCGCAGUGCCAAGGCCUCGCAGAGCAACGGAGCCCUGACGAUCGGUGGCUCCGCUUCGGCGGCCGUAGGCGUGGGCGGUAGCACCUUGGUGCUCGGCUCCGAUCCAUCCGGCGGGGACUAUCUGUACGACAGCCUGAACCGGAGCGUGGCUGACGGGGUCAACCACAUCACACGCAAUAUCAUGCAAGCCCGCAUGGCGGCCGCCGGAAAGCUCCAAGACGAGCUGCACGGCGCGAGCAGUGGGGGAGAGUUGCGCACCUUCGGCGAGAGUAUCUCGAUGCGGCCCCUGGCUAAGAACGGGGCUGGAGCUGGAGCUGGAGGCAUGGGCAUGGGAGCGGCAACAGUGGCCGGCACCCUGCCACCCGAAGCCAAUGCGAUUUCUUAUGACAACCGCAAUCGUGGUAUUUUAUUGCAUCCAUAUAACAAUGUCUACGCACCCAAUGGUGCUAUUCCUGGCCACGAGCGCAUGAUCCAAUCGACCCCAGCUAGUCCCUACGAUCAGCGUCGUUUACCAACUUCAUCUGAAAUGAACGGCCUGGCCGAAUCAUUGAUUGGAGGGGUACUCGCCGCUGAGGGACUGGGGAAAUAUUGUGAUUCCGAAUUCGUUGGCACGGCUGCUCGGGAGAUGCGAGAGGCUCUGGACAUGACACCGGAGGAAAUGAAUCUGGCCGCUCAUCAGAUACUCUCCAACGAGCAUUCGCUGAGUCUGAUUGGCAGCAGCACUGGAAGCAUCUUCGGUGGUUCGGCAAGUGGCGCUGCUGGUGUUGGUGCUGGAGGCAGCAGCAUACGCAAUGCCUUUGGCGGCAGUGGCAGUGGACCGUCCUCACUCUCGCCCCAGCACCAGCAGUAUUCCGGCACUCUGCAGUCACCACCGAUACCAGACAAUCGUCUGAGACGUGUGGCCACAAUAACGACCACGACUAACAACGGCAAGUCACAGCUUGGCCAAAACCCAAUUAAUUUAACUACAAAUAGCCCAAACAUGUCAGCAGCCAACCAGCAGCAGCAGAAAUCGCCACAACGUGGACCAGGGAAUCAGAACUUCUCCUCAUAGCAUAAACAUUGUAGCCUACACAUAAAAAAUGUCUUCUUCAUGGAAUUUUAAAAAUGUGAAAUGGAAUUUGUAAUUUUUGUAUGUAUAAUUUUAGCAAGAAAAAACAAUUUAGUCAUAGAUUCGGGAACUGUUUGAAAGGAAUUGCUCUCAAAUGAGAAGCGGCCCCACAAACCAAUUUGUAAAACUUGUAAAAAGAAACAAAACCAACUGUAAUUGUACAUGUAUGAUAGCAUUGUUUUUUGCCUUUUAAUAAAGUACACAUGUACUCGGA